UUUUAAAAAAGAUUAGAACGUCGAAUUCUUUCAAUAUCUUUUCUUUCAAAUUUUUUUAUCAGACGUAACGAAAGUCAAACGAAAAGAAAACGUGAAAAAAUUUAAGACAAAUAAAUUACAAAAAGCCGGACAUUUUAAAACUUAGUUUUGUCUGGCAGACAAAGGACAAAAGGACCGAAAACAUUUAAAUCAUGGCUCCCAUUACUAAAAUACAUGCUCGUGAAAUACUAGAUAGUAGAGGAAAUCCCACAGUUGAAGUUGACCUGACAACAUCAUUAGGUACUUUCCGUGCAGCUGUGCCUUCAGGUGCUAGUACUGGGAUACAUGAAGCACUAGAAUUGCGUGACAAAGAUCCGAAGCGAUAUCUAGGAAAAGGUGUGACUAAAGCAGUGGAAAAUGUUAAUGAGAUAAUUGCUCCAUAUUUAAUUUCCAAGAAUAUUGACUGCACAAAUCAAAAAGAAGUCGAUCAAUUGAUGAUUGAAUUAGAUGGGACUCCUAAUAAAUCUAAGCUUGGUGCAAAUGCUAUUCUUGGUGUCUCCUUAGCAGUCUGUAAAGCAGGUGCUGCACAGAAAGGAAUUCCUUUGUAUAAACACCUUGCAGAUCUUGCUGGAAAUAAAGAUCUCAUAUUACCAGUUCCAGCCUUCAACGUUAUUAAUGGAGGAUCUCAUGCUGGCAACAAACUUGCAAUGCAGGAGUUUAUGAUUUUACCAACAGGUGUUUCGACUUUUAAAGAAGCAUUACAAGCUGGUGCUGAAGUUUAUCAUACUUUAAAAGCUGUAAUCAAUAAAAAAUAUGGACAAGACGCAACAAAUGUUGGAGACGAGGGAGGAUUCGCACCAAAUAUUCAAGACAACAUGGAAGGUUUAGAACUUUUAAAGGUAGCAAUUGAAAAGGCUGGUUAUACUGGAAAAGUUGAAAUCGGCAUGGAUGUUGCAGCAUCUGAGUUUUACAAUGAUGCUAAGUAUGAUCUUGAUUUCAAGUCAAGUACCAAAGAUCCAAGUAAAGUUCUCAGUGGAGAAGAGCUUGGUGAACUUUACAAAAAGUUUAUAGCAGAAUAUCCUAUUGUUUCAAUUGAAGAUGUUUUUGAUCAGGAUGACUGGGAAUCGUGGAGCAGAUUAACAGGCUCUGUUGGCAUUCAAAUUGUUGGAGAUGAUUUAACUGUCACAAAUCCACUUCGAAUACAAAUGGCAGUGGAAAAGAAAGCAUGUAAUGCUUUGCUGCUAAAAGUAAAUCAGAUUGGAAGUGUAACAGAAUCAAUUGAAGCAUGUAAGUUAGCACAAAAAAAUGGAUGGGGAGUGAUGGUCAGCCAUCGCAGUGGUGAAACUGAAGACACUUUUAUUGCAGACUUAGUUGUUGGUUUAUGUGCUGGACAGAUAAAAACAGGGGCACCUUGUCGAUCUGAAAGAUUAGCAAAAUACAAUCAACUUCUCAGAAUCGAAGAAGAAUUGGGUUCUUCUGCUGUAUAUGCUGGCAAGAAAUUUCGUCAUCCUCUUGCUUGAGAUGCUUCAACUCUUUUCUUUUCUUUUUUGACGUCACAUGUUGUUUUUUUGGCUUUUGCGUUCUCUAUCAAAUCUUUGAUAUAUAACUUUUUUUAAGUUGACAUAAAAUUUUCUUGUUAUAAA